UUAUAACCGUACGGAAGCUUUUCAAUCCCUGGCGAUAAUAAUCUAAUCUAGCUUUGUAGAAGAUUCGCUAGUGGAAGAAAUGACGAUAAACGAUAACACCUCCGUCUACGUCGGCGGGCUUCCGUACGACGUCACCGAAGAAAGCCUCCGCAGGAUCUUCGAUAUAUACGGCGCCGUCGUUGCCGUCAAGAUAAUUAAUGACCGUUCAAUUGGGGGGAAAUGCUAUGGCUUUGUCACUUUUAGAAAUCCUCGAUCUGCAAUGCAUGCGAUCAAGGAAAUGGAUGGCAGGACUAUUGAUGGACGAGUUGUGAGAGUAAAUGAAGUGAAGACCAGAGGCGGCAGAUCAAACUUCAAUCGUGAGAGUGUUCGACGUGAUUCUGAUAGGGGUAUUGACCGAGAUAGGGUUAGAUAUCUAGAAAGAGACCAAAGUUAUGAUACGUAUCGUUAUCGGGAUGGACGUAGAGAAAGGUCUCAAGACUCUGACCAAGAUAGGGAGAGAGGCUAUGAUCGUGUACAUGGUCAUGAUCGGGCUAGGGAUCGAUAUGUUGAUGGAGAUAGAUUUCAUGAACGCAAUAGACAAAUGGCAGAUGAGCAGGAACUUGAAAGGAAGAAUGAUCAGGACAGGGAAAGAGACAGGGAUCAUAGUAUUGAGGAAAGGAGGAAUAACAGUCAUCACAAUAUUGAAGAUAAUGAUAAUUAUGAACAACUCCACUUGCUGAAUGGAUCUAGCAUUGAUGGUCAUGGGCAUAGAGAGUUUUCUUUGGAAUCAGAUGGUGAUGAUCACAAUCAGGUGGAAAAUAAACUAGCAAGUGCAAGUGAAGAGCUUGAAGAACUUCAUAACAAGAUAUCUCGAAUGGAAGAGGUGGCAGCAGAGAAGGAAGAAUUUAUUUCUAAGUUACGAGAAAAAUCCCAGAAAUUGGAGGAUUCACUGCUCGCUGCAAAAAAGACCACAUUAUAUCAUCGGUUACAAUUAACCAAGUUGCAUAAAUGUUAUCUGCAAGUGAAGGAUUAUGAUGACAGGCUCAAAACCUCUGAACAGGAAUUCCAGAUGCUGAUAGAUAAGACGAGGAUGGAUUUGGAACAUGGUGACAGAGUAGGUGUAACUGAUGAGUCCCCAUAAAUGGCAGGCCUUUACUUUGAACUCAAGUUACGAUCUACUUCUCCUAAAGGCGGAGGUUGCUCAAAAAGGGUAGCUCUAGACGAAGACAGCCAGUCCAAAUUCAACAUAAGCUUCUUCAAGAAUGUAAGGGAUGGAAAUGAAAUUCUGGAAUCAGAUCAGAGGCUUUGGGGAGAUUCUUCAUCACCUCGAAUUGUGGAUAAUCAUGCGGGAAACAUGGUUGCUUGAAGUUUGAUUUGAUUUUGAGUUUCAAAAGGCUAUGAUCAAAAUGAGUAGCAUUGCACGUACUGAAGUCUAUUCCAGUGUCUUUAUUCACUUUGCAAUUGAUCAUAUUUGAAUUUGAUCCAAAAUUUCAGCAACAAUGUCUUGUGUAUAGGGCACUGUUCUAUUACUUCUAUAAGGGGUUUACAGGCCCCCUCACUGUAUCUGGCAGGUCGGUGGGAUUGACCUACAUUAAAAAAAAUUGUGUGGGCCCUGUCUUUGUGUGUGCCCUGGCCAAGCCCUGUAAAAUGCCCACUUGUAAGUGAAGCAUCGUCCAAAUUUCAGUC